AAAGGAUAACCAGAAGGUCGUCGAUCUCCAUUGACAUUGUAAACACACAGCAACAAGGGAGGGAGGGAGAGAGAGAGAGAGACGCUCACACGCGCAUUGUUCUUACUGGAUGACUUGGACGUCUCCUCCUCCACCAUCUUCAUCAUCAUCAUCAACACCUCCAACAGGGAUCAAGUUCUAUCACUCAGGUCGGUUUCCGCUUCUUUCUCAUCAAAGUAUAGUAGUAGCUUUAAGAUGAGCUCUGCAAUGAGGUUUCAAUUCCCAGGUCUUACCUCAACAAAGCUAAGUACGUAUUGACCAUAAACAAUUCCAUAUGUUUGAAUUAUUUCGAGUAAAGUAAACCACCUUUAUAUAAACCAAGAAACUACCGAGCUCUUUCCCCCCGUCGAUGACUCAUUUUGAUAUAUUAAGACCAAGCCUUCUGAUAUUUUCAACCGACGGCUUCAACCACAACCACACCACCACCGCCACCACCUGCCACCCCCUCCCACCUCCCCUCAUGCCUUCUUCUUCUCCUUAUUCUUCUCCAUCCCAUCAAAAGCCAUCUUCUUCUUCUUUCUGUUCAACUCCUUCCUCAGCUCUGAGACCGGAGAUCAGCAGAAGCGGCAGCGAUGUAAACAGCCCGCGGCGGCUCACGCGCCAGGUGAAUCUGCGCUACAUCAGCAACCAGGAUCUUAACUCGUACGUUGUCCCGGAAAAGUCUCGCUCUUCGCCUGCCUCGCCUGAGUAUUCGACCCGUCAAUCACGCUCUCAGAGUGGCGAGUCAAACCCGCCGAUUUCGCGCUCACCCAGGGGCGAGUCAGCCCCGAGUUCUCGGUCUUCGGUGGGUGACUCGGCCCGCAAGUCAUGCUCUUCUCCUUCUCUGGUUGCUGGGCCUCAAGUCCCACACCCCUUGCCGCUCCCGGAAUUUGCGAUGAGCAACCGGAGAACCGAGUGCGCCGCCAAAGUUAACAACUUCUUCAGUCAUGUGGGGGUUGGCAGGAAAAGUGCGGACCACAUGCCCACAACUUCGUCGUCGUCGGCGGCAAAAUGUUGCAAGAAUCGCCGGCAAGAUGUAAAUAAUUCCGGCGGGGGUGGCGGUGGGGGCUUUCAUUUCAACUUGGGGUUGAAUGUUCAAUCUAGGACUAAUGUGAAGAGUGCUCCAUAUACUGUGCCUCUAAGCCCACAAAGAGCACAAACGAUGGACUGUUUGCCUUCAUAUUCGUCACAUGUUGGAGCCAACAACUAUAACAGGGGAAUGGGAGUGGGAGUGUCACCGGAGGCUAUAUUUGAACGUGAAUCCUACAACUUGAGCAGGAGUGCUCCAACCAGUGUUUUGUCAAGUCCUGCAGUUAGCCCCCGCAGAUCAAACGUUGCGGAUCCUUUUCAUAUGUUCAUGCCUCAACAUGAUCAGUAUCACGAUAAUGGUGCUACCUUUCCCUCGUUGUUGUUGUCGCCAGAGAAACCUACACCUGCACUUAGUCCAGCUCAUUCUCCACUUCACAGCCCUACGCCUCGGAGUCCACGCUACAGCCCCAAUUGUUCGAACUAUGACAAUAAUAGUCUUGCCACUGCUCACCCGUUGCCUCUGCCUCCUGGAGCCUCAGUACCAACACAGCCGCCAGCUGCCAUUAUGCAUCAAAAUAUAGCACCUAUAGCACCCAAUGUAGCCGUAUCAUCGAUGAAAGGUCAAUGGCAGAAGGGGAAGCUUAUCGGACGGGGUACCUUUGGUAGUGUCUAUAUUGCAACCAACCGAGAAACAGGAGCCUUGUGUGCUAUGAAGGAAGUUGAUUUUUUUCCUGAUGAUCCCAAAUGUGCUGAAAGUAUAAAGCAGUUGGAGCAGGAAAUUAAAGUCCUCCGCACACUAAAGCAUCCAAAUAUUGUGCAGUACUAUGGUAGUGAAGUGAUUGAUGAUCAUUUCUACAUAUAUUUAGAAUAUGUACACCCUGGGUCCAUUAAUAAUUAUGUCCGAGACCAUAUUGGAGCUAUGACGGAAUCCGUAGUUCGCAAUUUCACUCGCCAUAUCCUCCAUGGGCUGGCUUAUUUGCAUGACACGAAGACAAUUCACAGGGAUAUAAAAGGUGCAAAUUUGCUUGUCGACGCAUCAGGCGUUGUCAAACUUGCCGACUUUGGAAUGGCAAAACAUCUUGGUGCACAUUCAUAUAAUCUUUCUUUGAAGGGCAGUCCAUACUGGAUGGCUCCUGAGGUCAUAAAGGCUGUCAUACAGAAUGAUGGAGAUCCUAAUCUUGCUUUGGCUGUUGAUAUAUGGAGUUUGGGUUGCACCAUUAUUGAGAUGUUCAAUGGAAAACCGCCUUGGAGUGAAUUUGAAGGGCCACAAGCUAUGUUCAAGGUUCUGCACAGAACCCCGGAUAUACCAGAAAAAUUAUCUCCAGAAGGAAAAGAAUUCCUCAAUUUUUGCUUCAAAAGGAACCCGGCAGAAAGGCCAUCAGCCAAGAAGCUACUUGAUCAUCCUUUUGUACGGAGUUCAAAUGACCAAAAUGUCUCAUCCUCCACUCGGGCUUUUUCUCUGGUAAAUCUUACGUACCCCAAGGGACCAUAUUAAGGAAAAACUUAGUUGAGUGCUGGUUCGUCCGCGCACGUCUAAUUGAGAGGUGAAAGAAGAGCCUGGAUCCUAGAAGAUGAUCCAUCCAUGUCCGUGGCUGCAGCCCUUGUUCAAAAUUCAAGCAUCCUGCAAUUCCCAUUUGUCUGAUUUGAACCACUAUACUUCUGCUAUGGCGCAAUCAUAAUCAUGAUUGAUGGUUCUGGAUGAAAUGCAUGGUGCAGCUGAUUUGAGAUUUUCCAUUGCCUAUUUUAUCAUCAUGCAGUGGGAUUCAUAUUCGGAUGCACCUGCUUAUAUGACUAUCAUCAAGUUGAAAAUUUGCACAUAACACGAAGGGUUCAUCAUGUAUCAUCCUCGAGGAGAUAACUGAUCUGACUGAGUAGAUAGCUAAAACCUGUAUUCUGUAGGAAGAUAGAUACAUGUUGCACAUAGAUGGGUGUAGUCAUCUUAAUCUGUAAAAAAUUGAUUUGUAUGGGUUCACAAAAGAAACAAAUCUCGACUUAUUUUGCGAAUGGUAAUCUUCAUUACAAAGUACAAA